AAAUAAUUUCCGCCUUGUCACUUUGCCUCUCUCCAUUUCCAUCAUCAUCGUCAUCAGCCAUUCUCUCUCUCGAUCGGCAUCGGAAGAAGAUGGAGAGCGCCGACGACAUCGAGCUGCCCUCUCCCGCAGAUCCAACUUCCCCUCCGGCGCACGUACGGAAGCUGAAGCGCCUCAAGAAAGCCGCCCAGGUCGCCGUCGAUCACCGUCCUUCCCACCUCCAUGACAGCGAAAGCCCUAACCCACCGUCCUCCCUCGUGCGUUCGCUUUAUCCUGAAUCGCAGAGCUCGGAGGAUUCAGGGGGCCUGCGUCUCGAGGAACCAAGGGACGAGUCGUCGUCGGAGCUGGAGCUGCCAGCGCCCCACGAUCCCCGUGGCGAGGGCGAGUUCGUCGAUUCGGAGCCUGCGCUUUUUGGCGUUGACGACCAAGAGUUUGGCUCCGAAACUGAUGGAUUCCGAGCGAAAAGAGUCUUGGAGUUUGAUUCCGCCGAGGAGCGACUCGAUGCGCAGAAAGGCGGUGGGGACGGAGAGGCAAUCGGAGAGGGAAUGGAGGAUUCGAGAAGCGAUUUGCCUGAGAAGAGGCAGAGCAGCACAGAGGUGGCCGAUGGAGGCGUAGAGGAUAUGAAGAAGAGGAAGAAGAGGAAAGCGAAGGGAGGUGAGAAUUGUGUCGUUGAGGAUGAGAACCAAGCUCAUGCUACCAACAAAAGAAGAUCAGAGAAGGGAAGAAGAGACUCUCUCAAGCAGCUUCGUGCAGAUUCCCAGAGACUGUUGCGAGAGACUCGAGAUGCGAUGUUUAAACCUGCACCUCUUGUUCAAAAGCCAAUCUCUUCAAUUCUGGAGAAGAUCCGGCAAAGAAAGCUUGAGCUUUCCAAGAAAUCUAUCAUGCUGAAGAAUUUGUCCACCACAUGUAGUUCUGACGAGUUUUUGGGGGAGGAUCUGGAGUUUGAGUUGGAAAUUUCUCAUAAUCAAAAAGCGGUGGAAGAUAAGGCCAAAUAUGUAGGAGUGGAAAGAAAUAAUGCAGGUUCUGGUGAGAAAGGGAGAGAUGUAAAUGCCCCAACCAGUCGCGAGUCAGAUGAUACUUCAAAUGAGCCGGAUUCUGGAGUAGCUCCUUCGCAAAGGACUUUGGGCGAGGGAUCCAACCAUACAUUUCGAGCUCCCAUAAAUGAUACUCAGGAGUUAUUUUCGGAUUCACAAAGCAGUGAAAACAAAGAUGACUUACCUAAUGAGACUCCUAAAAGUCCUGUGGAAGAAGUUUUUGCACCAUCUUUACUUGCAAUGAAUCUGAAGUUUGAUUCUGCUCCUCAAGAUGACAUGUCUGAUGAGGAGGAUAAUGACAAGGAAAACAUCGAUCCUCAUAUGCACCAAUCAGUUGAUUUGUCUUUAUCUCCAAAAGGAGAUCCUGUCAAAGAUUUUAUUGAUGAGGAAGCUGAGGAAGAAGAUGACAGUGAUAAUGAUCUACACCAUUUCCAAGACAAUGAAGAAGAGGAUAUCGAAGAUGCUGAGGAACUUAAUGAAAUGAUAGAAGCUGACUAUAAAGAAAAACCUAUAGAUAAUGAAAGGCGCAAUCAGCUUCACCAGGAGUGGCUUGAGCAGCAGGAUGCUGCUGGGACAGAAAAUCUGAUGCAAAGACUAAAUUGUGGUCUGAAACAGAGGGACACAUUGCUUGAUUUGGAAGAAGAUGAGAAAGAUGUAGAAGGUGAAGAAGAUGAGGAGUUUGGGGAUGAUGGGGAAGAUUUAGCUCCAGCAAAUACUGCGCGAAUUAAUUUACGUAAAGCAAAGCAGAUGAUUCCAGAAGUGUUUACUGAUAAAGAUGAUACUUAUGUGUCUUCUGAUGAUGAAGAAUUUGAGACACAGCUAGCCAAACAGUCCCUAUUCAGAAAAACUGAAGCACAUGUUCCUCUCAUGUCACCAGCAGAGGAUGAAGGCUCCAGAGAAGUAUUUCAUCGCAUAAAGAAGCUCAAUAUGACCCCUGACGAUAGGAAGAAACCAAAAACGUCAUCUCGAUUUGAUGCAUCACUUGCACGAGGCAAAACAAUUGGCAUAUUAAAGCAGCCAUCUUUUCUAGGUCGAGGGGCAAAUCCUCUGGCAUCAUCAAAUAAUCACAAGACAAGCGCGGUUCGGACGUAUGUAUUUGGACGGGAUGACAGCAACAGCAAGAGCAUCAUAUCAACAUCAGAGGACUCCUUAGACAUGAUUCAUAAGGGGAGUCGACCGACGAGAACUUCAGUGGCCAAGUUUAGCAGCUCGGAGUCAAGGUGUAGCACCCAAACAACAGAAACUGCUGGAGUAAGCUCAACCCCGACAUUACAUGACAUUCUGAGGCGUUCUUCCUUGCAUUCUGAUCCGUGUGCUCAGGAAACUAUUGUUGGCCAAACUGAAUCUAUGUUUGCAGCAUUCAGAUUAGGAAAUAAGUCAAAAAGCAGGAGAAUACUGAUGUAGAAGUCAGUGUCAAGAAUUGGUAUUGUUACUCUUUCUUUCCCUGUUUUUGUACGUCCUGACUAGCUUCCUGAGAAUGAGAGAGCUGACCUGCUGCAAAGAAAAAUGACAUGCACUAUUGGCAAAAUUCGACAGAAACAAAAUAUGUUUUGCAUUUUGGGCUCUA